UGUCUGGAUUGUGCAACGUGGUGAAACUGCCGCCGGAACGCUACUGUCUCCGUGCGCCCCUGGCAGUGCGCUCCGACGCACGGUCUGCUCCAGUCCUGGCCAGAGAAGCAGCGCGCCCCCCGGCAGAUCUCAGAUGGACGACAUAGAUGCCAUGUUCAGUCACCUGCUUGGAGAGAUAGAUCACCUCUCUCAGAGUUUAGUGCCUGCAGCCGACACACCAGAAGUGGAAGGUGCCUCACAGAUAGAUAGCACCUUCUCCAUUGGCUUCACAGACUUAAAUGAGUCCCUUAAUGAACUGGAGGACCACGACCUGGAUGCUCUGGUGGCUGACCUCAGAUCAAAAUCAACCAAAAAGACCAGCAGUGGUACAGAUAAUCAAACUGCAGCGUCAGCCAUGACUCAGGAAUCUGAGCCAGCAGCUGCCCUUCCUCCACCAUCAAACACUGCUGAAUCCCCUCGAGUGCUGCAGAUGAGCAAACCCCAUACAAAGGCAGACAAAAUUAAAUUGGCUCUGGAGAAGCUGAAAGAAGCCAAAGUGAGGAAGUUGAUUGUAAAGGUGCUGAUGAGUGACGGCAGCUCCAAGACGCUGAUGGUGGAUGAGAGACAGACGGUCCGCGAGGUUUUGGACAAGCUGUUUGAGAAGACACACUGUGACUGCAGCAUCGACUGGAGCCUCUGCGAGACCAACCCUGAGCUGCAGAUUGAAAGAGGCUUUGAGGACCAUGAAUAUUUAGUGGAGCCUCUGUCCGCGUGGACUCGCCACAGUGAAAACAAAAUCUAUUUUGUGUCAAGACCUCAGAAGUAUGUGAUGUUCACAGACCCUCAGUUGUUUUACAUGUGGAAAAAGAAGACAGCAUGUCUGAGUGGGAUUAACGAGCAAGCCAAACAACUCUUACUCGAGGAGCAUUUUGGAGGUUCUACUCUGAUUGUUCCUGAUCUUGAGGGCACGCUGUACCUAAAGGAAGAUGGGAAAAAGGUUUGGAAACCUCGUUACUUCGUGCUCAGGGCCUCUGGCAUCUAUUAUGUACCCAAAGGAAAGACAAAGUCUUCCAGUGAUCUCGCCUGUUUUGUCCGUUUUGAAAAAGUCAACAUCUACACCACCAACAACUACAAACAGAAAUACAGAGCUCCCACCAACUUCUGCUUCAUGCUAAAGCAUCCCUGCAUCCAGAAGGAGUCACACUACAUCAAGUUCCUGUGCUGUGACGAGGAACACACACUGUUGCUUUGGGUCAACUCCAUCAGAACAGCCAAGUAUGGGACCGUCCUGUACAAGAACUACCAGGCUGCAAUGCAGAGAGCCAGUUUGCAAACUCUCCACUCUGCUGCGCACAAAGACAGAGCCAACAGUCCUGUUGAAGACUAUCCACAUGAGCCACCACCUGACUUCAUCCCUCCUCCUCCUCCUCCUCCUCCUGGACACACAGAAGUUUAAGACACAUCUCCGCCUCCUGUGCAUCAGGGUUACCCAUUUUAGCCUCCCUUGUGCACACACGUCUGGACAAAUGUCUAACAUUGAGCCAAUAAUAGGAUGUUUUAGUAAUGCACAUACAUGUAGUAGUGUUACAUGCCUAUGAGGCAAAAGAACAGAUUUUAAAAGCUUCUAUUAUUCUCCAACUUACACAUUUUUACACCUGUUCCAACAGCAUUAAACACCCAAAACACACAGUUCUGUUCAUUGUUUCAAUGAGCUGUUUAUUACAAAAAGACUGUACAUAAAUUUCAAUGAACACAUCCUAUGUACAAACUGAGAGGAGAAGACAAAUAUUGGAUUCUGUUCCCAUGAACAUUUAAGUUACUGAUUAUUUCCCCCCACACGUUUCAUCAUUAA